AACACCAACAACAAAAACAUCUCUCUAAAACUAAGAAAUGGGUCGUAGAAAAAUAGAGAUAAAAUUUAUUGAAGAUAGCAUCGAAAGGAAAGCGACGUUUUCAAGACGCCGAAAUGGCAUUUUUAAGAAGGCUGAUGAACUCGCGAAGUUGUGUAAUGUAGAGAUUGCUGUCUUGGUCAUCUCCCCCACUAAUAUACCAUACACAUACGGUUAUCCAUGCUUCAACGAUGUGGUUGAGCGUAUUCAAAAUCCUAGUGCUUCGUCCAAACUCAGGAGUCUCAUGAAAGAAUUGGAACAAAUCAAAGAGUUUCAGGAGGAUUUGAGGAAGAAACAGCAAAGAAACCUUGAAAAGUCCAAUAUGAAAGAGAAUGUAGAUCUGAAAUUGGAGGACUUAGUUGCUUUCAAGGCGAAACUCGAGGCCUAUCAAGCAGGUUUAAAGAGGAAACAUGUAGAGAUGGAGGAUUUGUCUUCUCCAUCGAUACUCUCAAAGAAUACAAAGAAUAAGAUGAUGAGGACCGAGUAUUCGUCUGGACAGAGCAAAGGAAUGUAUGAGUUUCGGGCUUUCGGCCCAGGAUUUCUUGGAACUAUUUAGAACAAUCGUCAAAAUAAAUAUAAAUAUAUAAUUAUUUAUAUCAUAUAAAUCAAUUACCGUUUAUUUUUCUUUCCAAAAGUUUAAGGAAUAAAUUUUGGUUGCUUUAGUUUGAAGGAAGUUGUGUCCUCCAUCUUGUUAUCUUUUCAAUCGGAUUUUCGUAAUGAAAUGUUUUUUAUAUAUAAAUAAUAUACAAUAUAUGUGAUAAUUUUGGAAA